AAAUAUAUAUUAUCCGGUACUGUUUCAAAGUAAGGUUAUUUGAUUGUAAAUUUGCCAAAAAUUUAUUAAUAGCAGCUGUUAAAAAGUUAGCUAUUCAAUAGAUAUUAAUUCCAGUUUAUAAAUCGAUUUAUAUAAGCAUAAAAAAUGGGUGCAAUUAUUAGCAAGUUCCGGAAAAAACGUACUACUUAUGAAGUUUUAGAAAACUUAGAAGAACGAAUUAAAGAAAUCGAAGAAUAUAAAAGCAAUACCGAACUGCAACGAAAAAAACUUGUAGGACAUUUUAUACUGUUUUCAGUUGGAAUUUAUGUAAUCGCUGCCGUGUUAUUUUAUUUCUUUUUCUUUCCUGCAACUUUAUACGAUCAAAUUUUUUAUAUAACACCCCUACUCAUAUUCCCAAUAAUAAUUGUUCUUGUAAAACGUUUAUUAACAUGGUACUUCAAUCGAAAAAUACGUCGAAAUCAAACAAAGUUAGUCGAUAUGAAAUCCGAAAAAAGGAAAUUACUUGAUAAAGUUAUGGAAACUGAAACGUAUAAAAAAGCUAAAGAAAUAUUGGAAAAGUUUGAUCCACAACAACUUCGUAAGUCACCCAAUACAUCCAGCAUGGAAAUUAGUCCUAUCACCCCUCUGAAAUCAACAUCAUUGUCAUUAAAUACAUCUCGAAGUCUUCCAAUAUCGCAAGGAGCAUCUAAAAUUAACCCAAGUAGUGGCGCACAAUUAAUGUCGAUUAAAACACCAAUGCCUUAUAAUAUGUCUAUGGCAUCCAAAACACCAUUAAAUACUAGUGGUAUAGCCUUAAAUUCUCAAGGACCACCUUCUAAUGCUGUAGCAACACAACAAAUGAGACCAGGUGGAGCACCACCAAAUUUACCAAUGCCACGGACAAUAAUUGCGAGAGAACGUAGUGUUUUGGAUAAAAUGGUUGAAUAUUUAAUUGGUGAUGGACCAAACAACAGAUUUGCUCUUAUAUGCAAAAAUUGUCAAAGUCAUAAUGGAAUGGCUCUUCGAGAAGAAUUUGAAUAUAUAUCAUUCCGUUGUUGUUACUGUUACACAUAUAAUCCAGCUCGAAAAUUACGUGCUGUUGCACCAAAAUUAGAGCAAAAUCCACAUCAAAAUUUUAAACAAUUAUCAUCUGAUAGCACAUCCGAAUCUGAACGAAAUUCACCUAGUGAUUCAGACAGUGACGAUGGUGCAGGUGAUAUUAAACCACUACCUGAUUCACCAUCAAAAAAGAGUGUCGAAUCGAUGAGUGUGGAUGAAGAUGAUAAAAUUAGCGAUGCUCCGGAUAAUAAAAGUAGCGAUGAUGAUCCAAUAAAACCGUUGGACACCAAAAAGAAUGAAUAAAAUUAAAGUGUUUUUAAAUGAAAAAAAAAA